AGCCUUGGCUCAAGGUACGUACAACCUUCGUACCAAUGCACUCUUCAAUGUAGCCGGUCGCUGGAGACCGUCAUGCUGUGCAUGCCGGGAUGGACCUUGAAGGUGAUCGCGCUCGCCAGCCUGUCUUUGGGCGAGGCCGAACGCCUGAGAAAGUGGCUGCCGAAGCUGCAUGCACCAGGCUCCACACGCCAUCCCGCCGCACCCCCCAGAGGAGGGCACGUGCCGCCGCCGAUCUCUCUCGCGUAUCGGAGACUCCAUCUUCGUUGGCUCUGGGGCGUACUGGUUUCUUGGCGCCAACUCAUCCGUUCUGCCUGAGAAGUUCCAGGAUAUGAAGGUGAUUCCAGACGAACUCGACUCGGAGAAGCUCAGGUCGAGGUUCAAGAGGAACAAAGGAUACCUUGAAUGUGGCGAGAAUGCCCCCGUGGACGCGCGGAGUGAGAGGCGAAAGUGCCCCACGCAGUGCCCCAUCAUGGGGGAGAAGAUUGGCAACGGAAUCCACUGCGACUUCCACUGCGUCGAGGCAACCGUAGAAGCUUGUACGGCGCUCAACGAGGAGGCCACUGUGGUGGACAAGGAGCGCGGCAUCUGCCGGCCCUGCAGCGUCAAAGGCUGCCACCGGUGCGUCCACGACGGCACGGACACGUGCGAGCAGUGCAGCGCCGGGUUCUACCUCGGGAGG